AUGGCUAGUUCGGAUAAACUUAGUCUUGGUCUCGAUGAUCUGAUUCGCUUAGAUCGCUCAUCAAAGCGAGGUGGCCGUGGUGGUGGUGGUAAUCGAGGAUUUCGCGGACGUGCUAGUGGUGGUCGUGGAGGCGGUGCUGGCAAUGGAUUUCGAACUCGUGGCGGCGGUGGAAUGCCUCGCACAUCGAAUGCAACAGCCGGUACCCGUUGGAAACACGAUCUAUACACAAAUAAGUCAAAUGGAAAUCGAGUUGAACAACGAACUGCUGGUGUGAACAGCACAACCAAGUUACUCAUUUCAAAUCUCGAUUUCGGUGUUACUACAAAUGAUAUUCAGGAGUUAUUUGGAGAUGUUGGCGCUGUCCGUGUGGCACGUGUUCAUUACGACGAAAGUGGCCGAUCUCUAGGCACCGCUGAAGUUGUAUUUGAGCGCCGUGUUGACGCGAUUGCUGCUCAAAAGAAAUACAAUACUUUGAAUCUUGAUGGUCGCCCAAUGGACAUCAGAAUAGUAGGCGGCACUGAUACUGGCUCCAGACUACAAACGAACCGUUUUACAUCAGCUAACGGCGGCGGUGGCGGUGCUCGAAAUCAACGAUCUGGCAUUCGUGGACGCGGCAAUCGUUCGCAACAAAAUGGUACAAGUGGAAAGAAGGAAGCCGUUUCUGCCGAAGAUCUUGAUGCUGAACUUGACGCCUACCGCGCCGAAAGUAAACAAAAAAAACAAGAAGAAUAA